AUGGGAGCGGCCGUGGGCAAGAAGCCGACCCGGCUUGCCAAGAGUGAGCCCUACAUCAAAUGCGCUUCAUGUAAGCUUGCCGCGACCGAAGCGUGGACUCAGGUUGCUCGGAAGGUCUCUGAACUUCCAGCCGGAACACUUGGCGAACUGGAAAUCGACGACGUUCUGAGCACAAUCUGCGAUCCCGAUGACAACGGAGGCGAGUGGAUGACCCAUUAUGACAUCGUCCAGGAGGAGGCGUCCGAAAGCUUGACUCUUGAGAGCAAGGGCGAGCUUGGAGAGUGUCGCCGAGAAUGCAAUACCAUUGCUCAUGCAUGCAGUGCAGUUUUCGACGAGCAUCGCGAAGACAUGACCGAGAUGUUGUACAAGAACUACCGGCUUGCCAGUGAGAAGAAGCUGUCUGUCGAGAAGUUCGUCUCCCGAGUUUGCAACAAGCUCUCGAAGUCUUGUCCAGGCAAGCAACCCCCAAAGGGAUUCCAGCAUCGCGACGAGGGAUGGCUGCCUAUCAUUGAUGCUGAUGGCUAUAAGAUGAGAAAGAUGCAGCAUGCGUUGAACAAGCACGCCAAAACCGGUGGUGGGCAGCCUGUCCAAUUCUUGGACCCAAUGGGACCUGGGAUGCUGGAUGCUGAUGAAGAUCUCUGA